AUGUCCUGGAACCGUCUUAGCAACUCAUAUCUGAGUCCGGGAUACUCACACCGAAGUCGCCCACCCAGAACCCGCAGUUCUUCGGCGUCGUUUACCGAUACGAUGAGUAAUGCUAUGCAGCGGGAGCUCUCUCAGUCAUCACAUGUAACUGAGUCAUCACAAACCCCCAGCAGCAUACACUCAAACAUCGGUACCUCGAUUACUUCCUUUCCUCCUCCGAACCUUUCAUAUAUACAAAACGAGUCCGAAGCUUUUUAUUGGAGCAGGCCUCAUAUAGCGGUGGAAGAUCAUAGUACUUUUACUUCGGUUGAUCAUCGCCUGCUACCUCUAGAGGCUCCAUUACCACAGCCAACGCCCGACGUCAACGAUCCAUUACUUAAUAUCGAAGCCAACAUCCCUGACCCUAGCGCGUUGCUCGAGCUCAUCAUCGACAGACUGCGACAGGAGUUUGCCACACAUCCAAACCAGACAACUUAUGCACUGAGUUUGGCCCAAACUCAUUUAGGGACCGAUGCAAUCCGGAGACUCAUCGCACCAAGGGUAGUACUCCCGAGAUCACCGUUGCCGCCUUCGACGCCGUCGGCUAUUUCACCUAUUCAUCGUGGUAAUAGCACCUCACAGCGUGACGCCUACCUGUGUAAAUUAUGUCCAUCCGCUGUACGUAUAACUUCCCGCGGCGCUUUCAAAAGACAUGUCAAUGAGAAGCAUGAGGCAAAGUCUAUGUUCCUCUGUAUGCAUUGUGAAUGGACAAGUACACGCAAGGAUAAACUUCGAGAUCAUCUAAAGGCCAGACACUAUAGGGAAUACGAUCGUGAGCAAGAUCUUACCGAAAGGGAACUUGUCAUGGCCGAGCCCAGCAAAUGUGUUUUGUGUGAAACUGAUACGUGGAUGAAUCAUAUACCCCCGUUUCCAUCAUGGGAUAUAUGGUUUGCAGGAAUCGCGGAUCAUUGCCGAAUUGAUGAAAACCCGGAGGAUGAACCGAAAAAAGAACCCGAUACUCCUACAGACCAGGGAGACGGAGAUGCAGGAGGCAAUUCUGGAUUUCUGUUUCCGAAUCUGACAUUUACUCCUGGGUCAAGUGCUGGAAGUGCAUCUCUUUUCCAAGGGCCGUUGGCUUCCGAUUCGGUGUUCACGGGAUGGAGGGUCAACUCGCUGACACAGCAAGCGGAAGAUGACGAGAAAAAAAUCCGCAAACCAAGUGCUGCGAAGACAUGGUCGAACAAAAACAGUUUCGAUUUGAGUGAUAUCUCGAAAGAGUUGUGUGAAUUAUCGUCGAAUGAUCAUCCAUCAAGAUCAAAACCUUCAUCAAGUCGUAUCGAAUCCAUCGAAGUUACACAACAAUGGGCUCCAAAAGAUAUUAUGUUUAUAUCGAAUAUUAUUCAAGAACUUGAUGUAGUGACACUCGUCUUUUCAAUCAACAGGAUAUCUCUUCGUCUGAAUGAAAAGCUACAAGGCACAAAAUCCGAGGACAAUACCAGAGUGACCAUUGAUCCUUUGAUUCUGGGUGAGAAAACGCUAUAUCGCAUUCACUAUGAUCACUCUAUCUCGCAUCAGAUAUUAGCACGCCACUUGAGGCGAUGCCAUAACUCGUUGAAUGCAAUACAGUGGGAAUUAUCAUCACCAUCAAUGGUUCCUGCGGCUGCUACGACAACAGGGCAGCAAGUCCGCCGUCGUAAGCGACUCUCAUCUCUUUGGGCCCGAUUGAGGGCAGUCAGCUUCGUCCUUUCGCUUCAGAAGGAGGUAGCAGUGAAUGACAAUCAUGUGUCAUCAUCACCUCAUCCUUCCAACAUCAAAAAGCAACUCGCUUCAUCUAAACCUGGCCGUCCAGGAUCCACGACGUCUUCUUUCACGUCUGAAGCGUUAGGUUCUCUGUAUAACCUAGCGCAGAAACAUCUUUCCAUCGACUUUGGUGACGACACUUACGAUGAUCCCAAGAAGGACAACCUCAAGUCAUAUUAUUCAAGGUCGCCGAGCGUCAACAGUCCGCUUGGUAUAUUUAGUUUUCUACAAAGUUUGACGGCUGUCAUAUCCAACCCUCAACCGUCUUUGAUGGAGUCGUACGAUAUGACUGAUUUGUAUGGUUUAUUGCAUCGCUCGAUAACGAAUAUAUCCACGACAUCUUUCUAA